CAUUCACUUUUUGAAAAAGGAAAGAGCCUGUAUGUUCGAAAGGCCUUCAUUUCGAGGAAUCUUCGUGGAAGUGGGACUUCCCUACUUUCAAGGACUUAUCACUCUGUCAAAAAACUUGGAGCUUUACUCCUCAUCUCUUGUAAUUCUCAUUUCAUCACAUCUUUCCUCUACUCAAUCUUCUGUUUAUAAAUUUGAUGGCUUUCCCGAUCAAUCAAGGAUUCUCUCUUUCUUCUUCCACUCUCCAAUGGAACUACGAUGUUUUUUUGAGCUUUAGAGGUGAGGAUACCCGCAAUGGUUUUACUGGCCAUUUAUAUCAUGGUUUGUGUGACAAAGGUAUUAAUACCUUCAUUGAUAAUGAUCUGCAAAAAGGAGAAAAAAUUUCAGAGGAACUUCGCGAAGCUAUUAGAUCAUCAAGGAUUUCAAUAAUUAUAUUUUCUCAAAAUUAUGCAUUUUCGACUUCGUGUUUGGAAGAACUUGUCGAGAUUCUUAACUGCAGGCUAAAUGGACAAUGGGUUGUACCUGUUUUUUACAAAGUAGAUCCAUCUGAAGUACGUAAGCAAGAAAAAGGUGAUUUUAAAGUAGCAUUGGCCGAACAAGAAAACAAAUUCAAGAAUAACACAGAGAAUGUGCAGAGGUGGAGGGCAGCUCUAAAUGAAGCGGCUAGUUUAUCUGGAUGGCAUUAUGAGGAUGGCGGCCCUGAAUAUAAAUUCAUCGAACAAAUUAUUGAAUAUAUAUUGUAUACCAAAUUAAGUGGCAGACAGUUAUUUGUUGCUAAAUACCCUAUUGGAGUAAAUUCUCGUGCCAAGGACAUUGAAUGGCUUUUAGAUAUUAAGGUAAAUGAUGUUCGGAUGGUAGGGAUUCUUGGUCUUGGGGGAAUAGGUAAAACAACUAUUGCAAAAGCUGUUUAUAAUAUAAUUGCUGAGCAUUUUGAAGGAAGUUGCUUUCUAGAGAAUGUUAGAGAAAAUUCUGGAACAAAUAAUGGCCUAAUGCAACUACAAGAGAAUCUCCUUUUUAAUAUCUUAAGGGGCAAACAUUUGAAGGUGGAGAGUGUAGCCCAUGGAACCAAUAUGAUAAGGGAAAGGCUUCAAAGUAAAAGGGUUCUUUUAAUUCUUGAUGACGUGGAUAAAUCAAAACAAAUUGAAAAUUUGUUUGGAAAUUUUGAUUGGUUUGUUUUAGGAAGUAGAGUCCUUAUAACAACAAGAGACGCACACUUGCUAGCUACUCUUAAAGUUUAUGCAACUUACGAGGUGAAGGAAUUGGUCAAACAUGAAGCUCUUGAACUCUUUAAUCAACAUGCCUUCCAAGGAAAUAAACACGAGAAAGAUUAUUUUGAACUUGCAAACCAAGUCAUCCAAUAUGCCAAAGGCCUACCCUUAGCUUUAACAAUAAUAGGUUCUGAUUUGUGUGGAAGACCAAAAUCUGAAUGGGAUAGUGCAAUUCAUCAAUAUAGAGAAAUUCUUGAAGGAGAUAUUCAUGAAAUACUUAAAGUAAGUUAUGAUGGAUUGAGACCAACAGAAAAGGAUAUUUUCCUCGAUAUUGCAUGUUUCUUCAAGGGAAGGAACAAGGAUAAUGUUGUAAAUAUAUUAAAUGCUCGCAAUUUAUGUCCAAGAGUUGGUAUUUCAAACCUUGUUAAUAAAUGUCUAAUAACUAUUGGUCCCAGUGACAUAUUGGGGAUGCAUGACUUGGUACAACAAAUGGGUAGGGAAAUUGUUCAGCAAGAAUCACCAGAAAUCCUCACAAAACGUAGUAGGUUAUGGCAUUAUGAGGACGCUCUUGAAGUACUAACCAAAAGUAAGGGGUCAAACAAAAUUCGAGGUAUAAUGUUGCAUUCGCCUAAUCCAAUAACGGUGCAACUAUAUACUAAAGCUUUCAAAAAGAUGGAAAAUCUCAAAUUUCUUAUGGUUAGUAAUGUACUCAUUUCCGAAGAACUUAAAUAUCUCCCCAGUGGAUUAAAGUUACUUGAAUGGGACCAAUAUCCUUUUUCCUUGCCAUCCAAUUUUUGUCCUCAAGAACUUGUUGUACUCAAGAUGUCACAUAGUUGCAUUAGAUUGAAGAAGCUGUUCAAGCAGGGGUUCCUUUUCAAAAAUUUGAAGAGUAUCAAUUUGUGCAAGUGUUCAUCCAUUAGAAUAUUACCUGACUUUUACGCCCCAAACUUAGAGAAAUUGGACAUUAGUUACUGUAAAAAUUUAAUUGAGAUUCAUGAGGCCAUUGGAUCUCUUGAUAAGCUUAUAUGUUGGAAUCUCGCUGGAUGCAAAAAACUUCAAAAUCUUCCUAGCAACUUUAGGUUGAAAUCUCUUGAAUAUAUUUAUCUACAAGGCUGUGUAAGUCUUAAAACAUUACCUGACUUGUGCACCCCAAACUUAAUAGAUUUGUACAUUAGUGGUUGUGAAAAUUUAAUUGAGGUGCAUGAGGCCAUUGGAUCCCUUGAUAAGCUUAUACGUUGGCAUCUCAUUGGAUGCAAAAAACUUCAAAAUCUUCCUAGCAACUUUAGGUUGAAAUCUCUUGUAUUUAUAUAUCUACAAGACUGUGUAAGUCUUAAAACAUUACCUUACUUGUUCGCCCCAAACUUAAUAGAAUUGUACAUUAGGGGUUGUGAAAAUUUAAUUGAGGUUCAUGAGGCCUUUGGAUCUCUUGAUAAGCUUGUUAGAUGUCAUUUCUCUGAUUGCAAAAAACUUAAAAUUCUUCCCAACACCCUUAGGUUGAAAUCUCUUAAUUCUCUUGGAAUAGAUCGGUGUGUAAGCCUUGAAAAGUUUCCAAAUAUUCACCCAGAAAUCAAAUGUAAUUUUUUAAGGUUUGGGGACAGUAAUAAUAUUAAAGAAUGGCCUUUGUCACUGGGGUAUCUUUUUAGUGGGCUUACUGAAUUAAGCCUAGAUAAUUGUCAAAACCUUGGGGAUUUUCUCGGUAGCAUCUCGAGAUGUGAGUUUACGAACUUGUGGAGGCUAAGAAUUACGAGGUGUGAUGGAAAUAUAAUUGAAUCACAUAUUUUGACAAGGCCCAAUUCCUUCCCCUCAUUGAGAGUUCUAUAUCUAUUUUACUCUAAUAUUGUUACAAUCCCGAGAAGCAUUAUUGAAUUUACUACAUUACAAACACUUUCCGUUGCUGAUUGCGAGAACCUUCGAGAAAUUCCAAGGCUUCCACGGUCUAUAAGAAUUGUGUGCGCAGCAAACUGCACGUCGUUGGAUCUACCAUCAUUAUGCAGACUAUUGAAUCAGGUGAGCUCUCUCCCCCCUCUCUCUAUACGUGUAAGUUUAAGUGAUAUAUAUAUUACGAGAAACUCUAAACUUCAAUUUCUUGUAUUUGCUAAAUGCAAGCAGCUUCAAGAACUAUGCAUGAAUCGCUCAAUUUUUUAUUACGGUCAUUGUGAAUUUACAGUACCAAUAAUUGAGAUUCCGAAGUGGUUCAAAUUGAACCAUCAGAGUGUUGGAAAUUCUGUAUCAUUCCGAGUUGGUCGUGAAUUUCAAAAAUUAUUUGUCUGUUUUGCUUUUCGAUCGGUGAAGGCUACGUAUGCAACUUGGUCUGUUGUUUCCGCCAACGGUUUUUCAGAAUACAGUGGCCUUUCAGAUACACUCUCUGAGCAUCUCUAUAUGUAUACCGUUCACAUUUCGAAAUGGAAAUGGGAUGAAUCAAAUCCAUCCGAACAGAAUGACGUUACGAUUACAGUUGAAAUCAAGUAUUAUGACUACGUAGAAUCUUCUGAUGAUGAUGACGACGAUGACGAUGACGAUGACACUUCUUUUUGUAACCCCAUAAUCCCUUCAUCUGAUGACCCCAAAAUUACAUGGUUGGGAAUCCAUGUAGACUGCAUCUGCUGUGGUUGUGGGUCUUCCUCUGUCUCUGAUGACAUCGAUCACCAGUCAUCUUCAAGGGCCUGGAUUUGUGAUGACACUGAGCAACAACCUUUGCCGGCUGUUUUCUCCACUUCUUAUGGUUCAGAUUUAGAUCAUGGGGUUUUAAACAGUGGAGGGAUUUCAGGGCCUUUGAUCGGACCAAACUCAGGUUUAGCUGGUUCAUAUUUGGGAUUUGAAGGAUAUGAAUCAACGUUUCCUGAUGAAGUGCACAAUUUGGAUUCAUCAUCAAUUGCCUAUCCCUUUGCAAGGAUUGGAUAUCUCGACUCAAAUGCUAGUAUAGAUGGUUGCUCUCCCCUAGUCCUUGAUGACAUUGAGCACCAUUCUUUGCCAUCUGAUGUGCUUCCAGUGGAUACCACAAAUGGGUCCGAAUUAGGCUUGGGUUGGCAAGAUUUGGGAUUCAGUGAUGGGUUUGAUCUAGGUUCCUCUUCAGUGGCCCAUGCCUUUGACAACAUUGAUACCGACUUCAAUCUAUUUCCACCAUCAAAGAAGGCAAGAACAUCUUGAUCAAACUUCAAAGAAUGAUGCUUCCAACUGAAAGCAACUUCGAUGC